AUGUCUACCAACGGCGUUCACCGACGCAAUGGUAGUAUGAAAAGUACAGAAAGUCAGAACAAUCAGCCACGGCCAGUUGCGCACUUCGAAAUCGAUCACGAUCUACCAGACCGCUCCCGUGUGGAUGGGAACGGCAACGUCAACGACCACGGUACUGACCCAGAUUCGCUCGACCAUUCUUCCGAUAGCAGCAACGCAGCUGCUUCCUCUCACAACCACAACGGCAUGACAUCUCGUCGGCCAAACAUGUCGCGCAAAGCAUCCUCACCUAUGGCGCCCACCUUCAUGGUGUCGGCGCCGGGCAAGGUCAUUGUCUUUGGUGAACAUGCCGUAGUCCACGGCAAGGCCGCUCUAGCUGCUGCAAUCUCCCUUCGCUCCUAUCUUCUCGUCACAACACUGUCCAAGUCACAUCGCACGGUGACCCUGAACUUCCGUGAUCUCGGACUAAGUCAUACCUGGGAUAUCGACACAUUGCCAUGGAGCGUCUUUCAUCACCCGUCGAAGAAGAAGUUCUAUUACGAUCUGGUUACCGACUUAGACCCUGAAUUGGUCGAGGCCAUCCAGCCUCACGUCGACAUCGUAUCCAAGCACCUCCCCGAAGACCAGCGCAAAAUCCACAUCCGCUCGGCGUCAUCCUUCCUCUAUCUUUUCCUCUCGCUAGGGUCUCCGCAAAGCCCUGGCGCCAUCUACACUUUGCGCUCCACGAUUCCUACCGGUGCCGGUCUCGGCAGUAGUGCCAGUGUGUGUGUCUGCUUGAGUGCCGCGCUGCUUCUCCAGAUUCGGACAUUGGCAGGCCCCCAUCCAGAUCAACCACCCGAGGAGGCUGAGACGCAGAUUGAGCGCAUUAACCGGUGGGCCUUUGUGGGUGAGAUGUGUAUACAUGGGAAUCCUAGUGGUGUGGAUAAUACGGUGGCCUCCGGGGGUAAGGCAGUGAUCUUCAAGCGUCCCGACUAUCUCAAGCCGCCAGUGGUCAUUCCUGUGCCCCAAUUCCCCGAACUGCCUCUUCUGCUAGUGGACACACGGCAGUCUCGCUCGACCAUGACCGAGGUAGCAAAGGUGGGCGAGCUCAAGAAGGCGCAUCCUGUGGUGACCGAGUCCAUCCUGAACGCAAUCGAUCAGGUGACUUGCUCAGCGCAGCGUCUCCUCGAAACUCCAGAUUUUGUGGGCGAUUCAGAUGAGACACUCGCUCAUUUCGGUACGCUCAUUCGCAUCAACCACGGCUUCCUGGUUUCACUGGGCGUGUCUCAUCCUCGCCUGGAGCGCAUUCGGGAACUCGUUGACUACGCCGAUAUGGGCUGGACCAAGUUGACCGGCGCUGGUGGCGGCGGUUGCGCCAUGACCCUUUUACGACCCGACGUGAAGCCAGAAGUGGUCCGCGACUUGGAGCAAAAGCUCGAGACCGAAGGUUUCACAAAGUACGAGACCACACUGGGCGGUCAUGGCAUUGGUGUGCUGUAUCCUGCAGUUUUGCGCAGUGGUUCCGAUGAGGAGGGCGGCGUGGAGAUUGAUCAGCAAAGUUUCGAGAAUGCCGAGGGCACUGAAGGUAUCGAGCGGCUUGUUGGUGUUGGAUACAAUGAGCAGCGCGAGGGAUGGAAGUUCUGGAAGCGCGCGACGCAAUGA